AUGGGAGAUAUCGCCGAACGCAUUGCAGGAGCCAGGAAAGAGGCUGAAGUAUUAAAAGAAAAGAUCAAACAGAAGCGAGAUGCUCUAGCCGAUACAACACUAAAACAAGCAGCAGCAGACUUGGAGCUCUUACCACGUAUCGUCAUGAAAGUGCGUCGAACCCUCAAGGGCCACUUGGCCAAAAUAUAUGCCAUGCACUGGGCCAACGACAAGCGCCAUCUAGUCUCUGCCUCUCAAGACGGUAAACUGAUUGUCUGGGACGCAUACACUACAAACAAGGUCCACGCCAUCCCUCUCCGAUCAUCUUGGGUCAUGACUUGCGCCUACGCACCAUCUGGUAACUUUGUCGCUUGUGGUGGUCUCGACAAUAUUUGCUCUAUAUACAACCUAAAGACUAAAGAAGGAACAGUCAAAGUCGCUCGUGAAUUGACUGCACAUACGGGAUACUUGUCGUGUUGUCGAUUUAUCUCGGAUCGUCAGAUUAUUACCUCGUCUGGUGACAUGUCUUGUAUGUUGUGGGACAUUGAUGCGGGUAUGAAGACUCUAGAGUUUACAGACCAUACUGGUGAUGUAAUGAGCUUGUCGCUGAGCCCUGAUAAAAACACGUUUGUAUCGGGUGCUUGUGACUCGUCUGCCAAAGUAUGGGAUAUAAGAACUGGUCGUUGCGUGCAAACGUUUACUGGUCAUGAAUCUGAUAUCAACGCUGUGCAAUUCUUCCCCAACGGAGACGCAUUCUGUACUGGCUCAGAUGACGCCUCUUGCCGUCUAUUUGACUUGCGUGCAGACCGAGAAAUGAACCAAUACACCCACGACAACAUUCUCUGCGGAAUCACUUCAGUGGCCUUCUCCAUCUCUGGUCGUCUCCUCUUCGCUGGAUAUGAAGACUUUAAUUGCAAUGUUUGGGAUACUCUAAAGGGAGAACGUGUUGGUAUCUUGGCAGCUCACGAAAACAGAGUUUCUUGCUUGGGUAUCUCUAGUGAUGGAAUGGCCCUUUGCACUGGUUCAUGGGACUCGCUGCUCAAGAUCUGGGCUUAA